AUGGCGUCUCUCAAACGAUUUUUUCACGCAGAGAAACACGCAGAGAAGUCGCCAGCUUUAAAUCAAGACGGUCGAGGUAAUCGGACAAGGACGUCGGCCAAUGUCUACCAUUCCGCUGCAGCUUUUGAGGCAACAACCACCCAGGUCAUCUCCGAGUUACGCCCCUCAUCACCUUAUUCUCGGCCAACAUCCUCGCACCGUUCAAGUCAGCUCCCGGACAAAAUCCCCCGACAUGUCGACUUACUUGAUGCUCUCUUCACUUCGCAUCGGUACCAUAUUCAAUGCCCUACUUCCCUGUCGCCCAUCACACCUUACAAUGAGGACAUCGCGGAAAGAAACAUGGCUUUUUUUCUUAAAGGAACGUUCCUUCCUAAGGUGGUGUUUCCUCGUCCAAUUUCCUAUCAAGGAGAUGUAGCAAGAAAUAGGACGGGAAGAAGCGGCCGUUCUCUCACACGCAGCGCAAGUACACGAUCUCAUUCAGCACAUGGCUUGCCUCUGCGAUCAACUGUCCAAAGCGAAAAUUCCACGAAACAUUGGCCUCGUUUGCGGGCAAGGGAAGGUCGGGUAAAAGCUACUACCCCUGAGGGUUUCGCUAAUACAGAGUGUUCUCCGCGCGAUGAUCGUCCAAAGUCUUCAAAUGAAAUGAGCUUCCAGAGAAGUUGUUUGCGCUCUCAGAGAUCGGCGCCUGAUCUAGCGGGCGAGCGUCCUCGAACUUCUGAUACAGAGCCCCCAACUCCCGACAAUGGUUACCUGGGUGUGCCACCAGCUCACAAGCAAGGCAACAGAUGGAGUAAUACCCCUCUUCCAGACAGUCCUACUAUACCACUAUCGAUCAGUCACGACCAAACCCUGAGUGAUGAGGAUUCAGCACAAGGAGUCUGCGGCUCCACCUCGAAGUCGAGUGAUCAAUGUCACUCAGCAUCUUCUCGCAGACAUUCUAAGAAGAAUGUCCGAGAUCUUUCUAUCAACAUAGAAUUGGCGGCUCGAAGAAACCCCAAUACAAGAGCCACACAUCGCGCCAUGCAGCCUCCGACUCCCAAAACUGCCGAGUCAACCCAGCACCCGAGCAUUGCAGAGUUCAUGAACAGCCCUUUGCCAGUGGGUUCACCUACAGCAGUCUCGCCUCUGCCUCCUGCCACGGAGAAGGUUGCGGAAAUCAUGGACAUGUUUCGACAGGCUUAUACGUCCCCGCCAGUGGUUACCCUUCAUCCGACUUUGGAAACCCUUCAAGAUGCAAUCGUCCGAGAGAUCAAUUCACACGACGCCUUCAAACGCCUGACUUUCUCUGAGACAGAAGGAUCAGCGACCCCUUCUCCUUCUCAGGAGUCGUUCGAUCGGGGGUUCAGCGUGCCGCUAUACCCAAAACUCGGCUCUGAAAGAGGCCCCGCCAGCGCGAAAGAAGGCCAGCUCCUUAAGCUAAUCCGAAAGAGCUCCUUUAGGAGACACAAACGCAACUCGGAGCAAUGUAGGAGCAUUUCAACUAGCGUGCCGUCGACGACGGCCAAGUUUCAGACUCCAGAAGGCGUUGCUAGUCGACGGAGGCACACCGAUGCCCCUUUACCAUCGAAUCAAGUCUUGGAUAAGGCGGAUGCCAAUGAGGAAAACACCGAGGAGGAGCUUGAGAUGCCUAUGACCUAUAUGGAUCUCCUUCUCCACUCCGAGAGUGAGACACGUGCAUCUAGCUCCGCGAUUAACCCCUCGAAAAAGGAGGUCAGCAGUCGCUUGUCCGCAGGGAUCGCGACUGAGGAGCAUUGUCGGCCCUCGCCCUCCAUCCUCUACAUGCGCGCUCAGGGUUCGGAUUCCCUUCAAGGAUCCCGAUCCAGCUUCUCCGACGACGAGAGCGACGAGGAAAUCAUUCAGCUUCCCAGCCUCGAAACGCCGGAGGUGCGCAUUCAAGGGGUCGACUACGACUCUGCAGGAGCGGGGUCCCCUGUGCAUAAAAGCCCCAACCGAGUCCUGGGCUGGCCGCGCCCUGUCAGCACUUCGAACGUGAAAUAG